AUGCACAAGCAGUGGCUUCACGUAGUUGUGGUGGAAACAGAAGAAGAGUACCCGGACUCCAGCGUAUUUCUCGUGGGUCGCUGGGGGUGGACUACUGCUGCUGCUAGGCACUGCAGCAGCAGCAGCAGCAGCAGCAGGCUGCGGCUGCCCUCUCCAGCAGACAUAUGCCCGCAUGAUGUGUCAACAACAGCAAGUGGGGCCCCGCCUUGCUCUUCCCCAGCAGCAGCAGCAGCAGCAGCAGCAGCAGCAGCACUUAAGACUCUGCCAAGCCCAAGGGGCCCCUCAAGUUCGGAAGACAUCUUCGACAUAAGCACACCGCCGUUCAGCGAGAAGUCCAUUCAGCUCUAG